AUGAAGCUAACGUUUUUGCUAAUUUUCUUCAUAACAAUAAUAUUUAGUGUGCAUAGUGCAUUCCCUAAUUUCUACGGUAAAAUAUUAGAAGAGAAGCUUACAGACGACCCCGGUUCGCCGUUGAUUUUAACCCCACUUAUCGAACAAGGCAAAAUUAAGGUCGCAAGAUCGGCUGCUGAAGUGCAUUUCAAUGGAUUCAAGAACGUAAAAAGUUAUUCCGGAUAUUUCACCGUGGAUAAAGCCUUCGAUUCCAACCUAUUUUUCUGGUACUUCCCCUCUCAAACUGACCCAACCAAAGAUCCUGUUGUUUUGUGGUUGCAAGGGGGCCCGGGGGCAACUUCCCUCAUAGGACUGUUCACGGAAAAUGGACCCUUUACGGUGAAAGCAAAGCACGGAUUAAAAUUGCGGAAAUAUUCUUGGAUUAAAUCACACAACGUUAUAUACAUUGAUAACCCAGUCGGGACAGGGUACAGUUUCACCAAAGGCGGUUACGCCCAAAAUGAAACCAAAGUAGGGGAAGAUUUGUGGGCUGCAAUGCAACAAUUCUACCUACUUUUCCCGGAGUUACAGAAAAACCCAUUCUUUGUAACAGGUGAAUCAUAUGCUGGCAAAUAUGUUCCUGCACUAUCGUACACAAUCCACAAAAAGAACCCUGAUGCUAAACUUAAGAUAAAUCUACAAGGUCUAAGUAUUGGUAAUGGUUUAAGUGAUCCAGAGCAUCAGUUGAAGUAUGGGGAUUAUUUAUAUCAACUAGGCCUUAUCGAUACUAACAUGAGAACACUGGUGCAGAAAUAUGAGGCACAGGGUGUUAAAUACAUUCAAGACAAAGAUUAUGUGAACGCAUUUAAAAUAUUUGACAACCUAUUAAAUGGUGAUCUCAACAACCAUACUUCUUUCUUCAAAAACGUGACAGGAUAUGAUAACUACUUCAACUACUUAUACCCUGAAGAUCCUAUGAAUACAGAAAUGGCGUUUAUGGGGAAAUACAUUCAAAGAAACGACGUUAGAGCUGCCAUUCACGUCGGAAAUGCUUCUUUUCAUGGCGAAGAUUCAACUGUUGAAGUAAAUUUAAUGGAGGAUGUAAUGAAAUCGGUUGCUCCUUGGGUUUCAGAAUUGAUUGGCAACUACAGGGUUUUAAUUUAUAAUGGACAGUUGGAUAUUAUUGUUGCUUAUCCACUAACCAUUAAUUAUUUGAAGCAAUUAAAGUUUAAUGGAGCUGAUGCAUAUAAGAAUGCUCCGAGGUACAAAUGGUAUGUUGGCACUGAAUUGGCUGGGUAUGUUAAACAAGCUGGCAACCUCACAGAAAUUUUGGUAAGAAAUGCUGGGCAUAUGGUACCUGGGGAUCAGCCAAAGUGGGGAUAUGACCUAAUUUCUAGAUUCACUAGAAAUAAACCAUAUCACAACUAUUAG